UAUUGAAAAAAAAACAACAUUAGAUAUGAAUGGACAAACAAAAGAUUUGCCAUGGGGUCUCCAGGGUUUGAGAUGCAUGUGCAAUGGUUGCUGCGAAGAUCGUCGUGUCAAUUGGAUGGCAUUGCAUCAGGGUGGAAUCUUAGUACUUACUUAUCUAGGAUAUACCUGUUAUCACUUGACUCGAAAGCCAAUAUCCGUAGUGAAAAAUGUUCUCCACGUCAAUUGCAGCAACUUGGUGCCACCUCCAAAUAUUUUAGUAAAUGACAGCAACCGGGAUACUUGGUGCGAUUGGGCACCAUUUGAUGAAUUAGAUGCUGGAGCAUUACUCGGUAUGCUGGACUCGGCAUUUCUCUUUGCAUACGCGCUGGCUAUGUUUCUCAGCGGCUUUAUAGCAGAGAGAGUAAACCUGCGCUACUUUCUUUCACUCGGUAUGCUUGCAUCAGGCAUAUCGUGCUAUUUAUUUGGAAUCGCUAGACCGUAUAACAUUCAUAAUAUAUGGUACUUCGUUUUCGUGCAGAUAAUGGGCGGAAUCUUCCAAACUUCCGGUUGGCCAGGUGUAGUUACAGUUGUGGGAAAUUGGUUCGGAAGGGGCAAACGCGGCUUGAUUUUCGGAAUCUGGAAUUCUCACACAUCUUUAGGAAAUAUAUUAGGCAGCCUAAUUGCGGCCGCGUACGUCGAGUCCGAUUGGGGCUUGAGCUUUAUGGUACCCGGAGCAAUAAUGGGAUUGAUAGGAUUUAUUAUCUUCUUGUUCCUUGUACCGAAUCCUAUCGACAUAGGAUACAGUCCACCAAGUUCUCUCGGAUAUCGGAAGAUUGAUGCGACGAAUAGUUCAGAUGAUGACGUGGCUGAUGUAGAUUACGAUUCUCGUAGUAUUGGCGAAGAUCGUGUCAUCUAUCGCUGUGUCUACCGUGAACAACUUACUGCUGACGAAUUGGCCAAUGAGCGGUCUGAGACCAGUCCAAUGUUGUCAGGACAUCGGCGCAUCCACAACGUACAUCAAAAUAAUGCAAUCGGUUUCAUAGGUGCUCUGAAAAUACCGGGUGUCAUCGAGUAUUCUUUAUCACUGUUCUUCGCGAAACUUGUUAGCUAUACAUUCCUCUACUGGUUACCAUUGUACAUUAAAGCCUCAACUACAUAUAGUGCGACUAUAAGCGCACAACUAUCGACUCUGUUCGAUGUCGGUGGCAUAAUAGGUGCCAUAGCAGCUGGUGUCCUCUCCGAUUACAGUGGCAUGAGCGCGUUGACGUGUGUCGUAAUGUUUGGACUUGCAUUUCCCGCGUUAUUCGUAUAUGAUUAUGUUGGUAACGUCAGUCUGGGCGUCAACAUAGUAUUGUUACUGAUAGCGGGUUUACUGGUGAAUGGUCCUUAUGCUUUAAUAACAACUGCUGUGUCAGCCGAAUUGGGGACUCAUCCUAGCUUAGGAGACAAUUCAAAAGCCUUAGCUACAGUGACCGCUAUAAUCGAUGGAACCGGCAGUAUCGGUGCUGCAGUUGGUCCACUGUUAGCAGGUCUAGUAUAUGCAUGGGCCGGAUGGCACAAUGUGUUUUACAUGCUUAUGUGUGCGGACUUAUUCGCCCUAUUGCUUCUGUCCAGAUUAGUUUACAAAGACUUAAGAUCGUACGUGCAAAGACGAAGAGUUAUACAAAUUUAAACUCUGAAAUAAUGUUAUUGUUAGAUAUGGAAAUAUCCGUAUGAAUUUUAAGCUUAAAUGUUUGGAUCUGCGUAUUUAUAAUCUCGAUCGUAUUUCCUUAAAAGUGCACAAAAAGUUGCACAGCAUUUCCGAUCGAAUUUAAAAGUGGUAUAUAAUGAUAUACAAAACAUUUAAAGAGUAUGGAAAUAAAUAGUAUAUUUUUUACAGUAUUUUA